CGAGUCUUCUUCAUUCGCGUUCCGUGCCUCUGCUAGGGCGGGCGAGUUCCCUCGUUCGAACACCUCUCAUUUCUAGUUUUUGUACUUUAGGUAUUGUGCUGUGUCGGAAUCGAAAAUGUCGUGUUUCAGUGUUGACGUUCUGAUUCCAGAUUAAAAAAUAGUGUUGUGCUUUUAAUUGUUUAAUGUGAUGAUGUGAUUUGAAGUGAAACAAAAAAUCAUGCUGCCCACAAACGUUAUGUCCUUUAUGAAGAAGAUGGUGGCGACCGAAGAUACGACGGUGCCGGGCCAGAUAGAGACUCCUGGGACCUUCGGUAAACUUCGACAGACAUUAUCUUCUUCACUGCUCACAGCUCAAGACAAAGUGACGAAGCUGGGCCCACGGCCGGUUGUGACGGAGCCUGAACCAACGCCACCGCCUCCAGUGCAGCAACCGCCUCCCCAGCCCACUAAGCCCGAACGCGAGGCGGGUAAGGCUCCAUCCAGAGCGGGGGCUUGCCGGGUAUGCCUUAAAGCUUUAAAGCCCGGUGAAGUUUUCCACAUAUGCAAUGGCUGCCAGCAUCGCGUCUGCGAAGACUGCUCUUCGUAUUCCAAGCCCGCAAGUGACGAGGAGGCGAAUUCAUGGCGAUGCUCCGUAUGCCGUCGUAAAGCUGCUCCCAGGGUUCCUCCGGCUGCACAAGAUAGUACUGACUCACUUCUCGAGGUCCCCGUAUUGGAGGCACUACAACGUCGACACUCUGAAGCAAGGCUCGGAAGUGGAGGUUCAAGUACCGGACUGGCUCCGCCACGAUCACCCGAACUGCGAAGACACUCCGAUGUGUCACCUGCUUCCUUAAAGGAGCUGGAAAAAGGCAGCGGCAGCGUGACGCCAGGCGCAGACUCCCGCCGGCCAAGUGCAGCAACGCCCGCACGACGUCGCUCUGUCCGUGCUCCAGCGACGCCGCGCCAACGCUCAGUUGAUGAAGACCAGCACCCUACCGCACACCCAACAGCUCACACACCAGCACUCGCUGCUCCACCACCGAUGUCUAGACGGGCAUCAGCAGUAGACGUGGUAGCAGGAGCUGGUUCGAGACGUAGUUCGUACAGGGCAGAAGUGGACGCUCCCGAUACACCGCAGAUUACAGGGUUGAGCGUUGACGAAGACCGACCAAUAAGACGAAGAGGCAGCCAACUGCCCGAUAUAGCUGCAUUACAACAAAGGACAGGAGCUCUGAGUGCUAUGGCAGCACUUGCCUCACGCGGCUCAGAGGUAUCCGACCCCAGUGCAAGUGCUGCAAUUGCUGCAGCACGUCAAAUGUCAGUUGAUGCUGAGGCGAUAAAGAUCGUCAUACAUGACGUUGAUGAUCGCUCGCCACGACGUGUGUCAUUACGUCGCGAUCCCAAUGAUAAAGGACAUCGAUCUCGAGGCUUCGGAAUGCGCGUUGUUGGAGGAAAACCAGAUGCCAGUGGACGACGAGAAGCUGUUAUAGUUUGGACAGUGCCUGGAGGCCCUGCCGACUUAGCUGGCUUGCAACAGGGAGAUAAGGUAUUGGAAUGGGGCGGUGUCCCAUUGAUAGAACGUAGCUUUGAGGAGGUAUGCGCUGUGCUAGAACGUGGUGGCGACAGUGUUGAGCUGUUAGUGGAACCUGCUCCCCAACUUGACGAGCCACCAGCACCACCCACAAUGAGUCAUCAUCACCACGCACUUUAUGAACCCGAUACCGACAAAUCGCCGUCGUCGCCCACCCGAAGGAAAUUGCCGAAAACCCCGGAACAAGAUCGCGCGGAACGAGUCAGGGAGCGUCCACCAGCGCGUGCUCAAUUACAAGUUUGGUUUGAAAGUGAAAUCCGUAAACUCGUCGUGGUUCUGAUCGCUGCUGAUGAUCUACCGUCUCGAGAUCAUACCUUGGGCUACGGUGAUGAACCUGAAGCUUUCGCCAGAAUCCGUCUUCUUCCAUCACUCGAAUCUUGUCCGCCCGUGGAGACAGACCCUGCUUCAGCAUCGUGCAGUCCAGUGUGGAACGCUACACUUGGAUUCGGCGGCCUCACAGCAGAUCUACUUGCAGGUCGCGCUCUUGAACUUACACUUUGGGACGCCUGCCCUGGUAUUGAUCCAGUUCUGAUUGGAGAAUGCACUAUGGAGUUAGAGAAAGCUUUCGCUGAAGAGCGCGCCGUGUGGUGGACAUUGGAAGAGCGUGGUACUCGGUCAGCCAACGCCUCACCUCGUGGUUCACUGACUGGGGCUAGAGCUCUUCGGCGUGGAGAUUUUGCUUCACAAAGAUCUGUUUCAGAUGAUGUGGACUCGAUCGGAGAGUGCGCCUCGCUUCUACACCCAGAUCAUGCCUGGGUCGCUGGUUCGCGACGAGGUUCCUCCCAAUCUGAAACCUUAGAAGUUGAGGUUUACCAGCUCGGGAAGGACUUUUCCCGCUCCCUACCUGGUUCACGACGUUCCUCUUUCCAACAACAAGACAAAGAUGGCGUGCCUGAGUCUCCGGUGUGUUCGCGCCGUGAACGUCGUCGAUCGUCCUGCGUCCGUCGCGACCCUGACGACAUCUUGCGUUCGUUGCGCGCCGUCAAAGGCGAGCUGGGACGUACGCUGUCACUGUCUGGGUCCACGGCAAGGCGCACAGCGACGGGGCGCAAGGGCAGCAUGUGGGCGGCGGUACCCGCAGCGGCGGCAUGUGACGCGGUGGCAGACGACGAUGACGACGUCCCUCUAGGUCCGGGACAACUGCCGCCGCGCAACGCUCAUCUGCCGCCACUGCACGCUGAGAUCAAUAUCAGCAUCAUCAUGAUCAAAGGACAACUUGAGCUAGAGGUAUCUCAUGCUCGUCGGGUUUAUGGCGUUAAUGGCGAGGUGCCUGACUCAUACGUGAAAUGCUACCUUCGCGAUGGUGACAAGUGGUUGCACAAGCGUAAGACAAGAGUAAUACGCCGCACCACUGAGCCACAUUUCAAACAAACGCUUAAAUAUCAGGCAAGCGAGGCCUUAGGUCGUACGCUGGUAGUGAUGCUGUGGCAACGAUGCGGGGGAUUUGAACAUAACCUUGCCCUGGGAGGUGCGGAAAUAUGUCUCGACAAACUGUCACUGCCGCAGCGCACGUAUGGCUGGUACCCUCUGUUCCCAGCUACCUCGCUCGCCGCUGACGAGUCGCCCGAUUGAUCCAGGGAGCCGUCGCCGGAGCGCCACGAGAACUAGCACUCCACGACGGCUCAAAAUACAGCAAGUCCUGAUAUUUCAAGGCCUAGUUAUUGAUGUCCUGAUGAUGCAUGGUCUAUAGCGCAAGACCGUCUCCAUGCUAAUGCCCCUUAACGCUGGUACAAAGACUAUUCGUUUCUCAUUGUGCUCAUCUAAUGUGUAUUAAAUGUCGUUACUUUAUGUAUAAUAAAUGAAAAUUGUUUUAGAAAUAUUAUAAUAUCGAUGCAGUUACAAUAAUUAUCCGAUUUUAUUAAAAUGUUAUUGCUUAAAUAUAUAUAUAUUUGCUUCAAGAGAAAUUUAUAGAAUGAUAUGAGAAACUACUAAUUGAUCUUCUGUUCGUAUAUGGCCUAUCGAUUCGCAUUUUCAAACUAUUAGAAAGAAAUUGUAGUUUAACAUAUCCAUAUAUAUGUAUAAAAUAUAUUUAUAUACAUAUAUAUUUAUGUAAACAAAUAGUUUAAUCAUUUCAUUAAUGAUUAGUAAUGUAACUAGGUAAUUAAGAAUUGUAUUUGUAGAUUUUAUGUGUUAUUCUUGUAUAGAAAUCUAUUUCUUUUGUUCGUGUAAUAGGAUCGAGCAAUAGUGCCCCUAAAGCAAAUGACAUAUUAUUAUUUAUUUUGUCCCAUGACUAAUUUGUAUUAUGAUUUCGUUCGCAACGUUAUAAGCAUCCUUCUAUCAAAUCCGAUCGUUUAAAGAAUUAUAAAAGAAUCAAAAAUUAAACACUAAAAGUUAACUAACGUAUACUCAAUAUUUCAAAAUAUUUUAUAAUACCGAUGUGAUUUUAAUAUAAUUUUUUUAUCUGCUUGAAAUUACAGAUAAUAUAGGUACUUAUUGUGAAAUGCUACUGAGCUCUAAAACUCUUUUAUCACUUCCGUUUAUGUUUAUUAAAUGUUCUGCUUGUAUACUUAGUAAUAUGUAUUACGAGCUAAAAUGGAAACAGUUUUUCAGAAAAAAUCAGUAACCAAAAAUGGAUUAUCUCAGAUGGUAAUUAAAAACUUGCCAUCUGUUUUGUGGCAAAAUUAAGUAAGUUGAUAUCUAAAACGUUUUCUAAAUCACUUUACAAUUAAAGGAAGCACAAUAACAGUGUCAUUUCUUAAGACAUUUUUAAUCCCAGUAGCCUUUAUAUCUUACACAAGUGUCAUUUCAAUAUUAGAAAAAUAUAAUAUAAAUUAUAACAGUCUAAUUUAUUACUGAUAAGUGAAGUAAAAUAACAUCGUGUAAUAUGUGGAUAAGCGUUAAAUGUGUAUUAUUAGAAAUACCUGUCUUUAACACUGUGGUACUACUUUAUAUAAUCGUCAUCUUAAAACCCCAACUUAACACUUUGCCUUAUACGAUUCGUAGAUUUCUUAAGAAACACUAGUAUGUAAGUGCGUCUAGGUACUAUUCUUCCAAGGUUGUGCUUUAGUGAAUUUUCCCUAUAGCUAAUCUACCGACAUUGUUAUUUCUUUUUAUCGAAAUAGUUAUAUAUCUUUACACACUGUAAAUACUGUUGUUUUUUCAAAAAUUUUCUACGCACAACUGUUUCGUGAUAGUAUUAAAAUCUUUUAUAAAGUAGUACAUAUAAUAUACGUUUCUAACAUAUAUUUAAAUGCUUAUAAUAUUCAGAAUAUAAAUUCAUUGUAUAGAUAUAGGGCAAUACCGAUUGCUUUAACCUCUUAAACUUUUAUGAACCCUAAAAACCAAUGCCUACAAAUACUCAGUAGGAGCAAUAGGCAUGAUGACAAAUUUUUAAAUUCCUUUGUAUGAUGUAGGUAUACUUCUAUUUCCCACGAAAAAUUAUUAAUGUUACAAAAAUGAAAAGUUUUUUUAUCAAGUAGUUGCAUUUUUCUCUGUUUAUUUUUAAUCCGGCGCGAAAACGCUUGUGAGUGUCAUGACGUCGCUUGUGAUGUCACGUCUAAACAAAUAGACGCAAGUACGCUGCACUCGUUAAAUAAUUAAGUUAUUGUGUAUUAUUAUAUAUGAAUUCAAAAUGUAUAAGUGGUGUGGGGUCCCCCAGUGUGAGAACACAUCCUUAAAACUCCUGAUACGUUAUUUGUUCCCUCAUAAUAAAACAAUACGAAACAAGUGGUUUAAACUUGCAAUGCGAGAUUGAAAAACAAUAUUGCCCAGUACUCACCUUUAUUUCAGUGAGGAUCACUUCGAUGUAAGUUUUUACAUUUUUUUUUAGAUUCUGGUAUAGUUUAUAAAACUCGUAUUUGGUAAUAAUAUUUUGUACGAGGUCUGAAUGUAAAAAUGUAAACAAAUUAUUUCGAGGUUAGCUUCAUCGCUUAUUACAGUUUUAUUACGUAGCUUAUUCAAACUUCAGUCACCAAAUAAUUUGGAUCAUUAAUAAAUUAAUAUUAUAUCAUUUCAUGGGAUCCUCAUGAAAAGGCGGUGUAUGCAAAUAAAAUUUUAUUGUCAACUAAUAAAAGAAAACGAACAUCAGAUGCCUCGGCAAGGUCAUAUAUUAUAAUAUUUUUAAUUAUGUUACAUGUAAGUUUUAACAUUUCUAAAUUCUAAUGAUCAAAAAACUUUAUUUGAUGCCAAAAACUCCCAGCAUUGUUAUGUUGAUUCUAGGCAAAUUAGCGCUGCUUGUUUUUGGACAUCCUUGCUUGAUGACUCGUGUUAUUUUAUAUAAGAUUUUAAUAACAUUUACACGCAAAUAGUACUCCAUGUAAUAAAAAGUAUUAAAAGUUAACAUGACGAAAUGACGUUCGUGCGUGUUGUUAAUGCCUCUAAUUAGAAGUCAUGCACACUGUAUUGUGUUUAAGACAUCAUGGCGCAUUCCCUUAGUUUGCCAAUAUAAAAAUUCGCGUUUUAUAUUCCAAGCUUCAAGUUUAAUUUACUAAAUGUAGUAUUUUAGCGAUUUUCAAUUAAUGUCAUCAUGCUAAUUAGACGAAUUUUCAUCAAAAAGUUUUAUUUGCUUAAAUUCUACCCAAACUAAAGCGCGAAUAAUGACCUUAUAAUAAUAAUAAUAACCUACUUUUAACAAAAAUGUAAUAUAUCGUCCACAUACGACGCCAUAUAUACAUAUCAGAUCCAGUACAAUACGAUUUUUGGUUUGCAACUGAACAUUGUAUUAGAGGUAAUACUCUGUCAUCUACAUUAUUACAAAUUUUCCCCAAUUACCAAUUUUUUAAAUUAACUUCCAUAUAUUGCUUAUUUGUAUGUAAAUCUAAUGUAUUAGAUUUGCUGCCUCUUUGCUACUUCUUAUAAAACAAAAUAUUAUUGUCCUGCGUCAUCAUCGUCGGGUACCAAUAGUUACAAAUUAUAAACGUGAGUUGCUCGCUUUAACUCAUUUUACUGCAUUAAUCAGAUUUAUUAGAGUUCUCUAACUUAUUUUAAUGUUUGAGUAAAACAAGAAAUACUUUAUUAUGAUAUAAUGAGUGUUGAUAGAUUUUUCAGAUAUAACAUAUUAUUGUGAAUCAUCGCGGAUCUUGGUAGCCUUUUUAAAUAUAUAUAAAAAUGUAUUCUAUACAUAUAUUUUAAUUGGUGUUAGAUACAAAUUACAUAUCGACGGAAUUUAAUAAUCGUCAAAAUCUGUGUUCUUCCAUAACUUUCGUAGCUUAGUGACUCGCUUGACAAUAUUAUAUUCAUCUUGUUUCAUAGGGUACCUUUUAUGAUCUUUUCAAUACAUAUUCACUAUUUGCCCUUAAUAGAUCUUACUAUUUAAAUGCCUUAAUAAUCUAGACUCUAUGGAAUGUUUGUAAAAUAUCUUUUCGUACGUCGAAAGCGCUAUAAGAUACCUGUGUAUAAAACGAUCGUGUGAUUUUUGUGAAAAUUUAUUUUUUUAUCAACACAUUAAUUGUACGACCCUAAGAGAGAGAAUCAAAAUUAAUCUUAAUUCCUAUAUUACGUAAUAUGUACAUUCCCUUUUGCCGUAUAGAUUUACCUAUCACGCGUUGAAUAUAUUUUUACACUACUUUUAUAUUCAGUUUAUAUAAUAGAGCUGUGAAGAUAUACUUACUUAAUAUGUAAUUAUAAUACUAGAUUAAAAAAAUAUAUAUAUUAUUCUGACAGAAGAUUGAACUAGUUCAAUCAGUUUACGCUUACUAUUUCGAUAUAUUAGUAUGUAUGACAGAUAAUAUUCUACAUAAGAGAUAUAUAAAUUUAUUAACUAUCAUUAUUAUGUGCCUAAUGAAUCCCGAUCCCACCGUCUCAGCACCAGCAUGAUAUAACCAGAAGGCGACUUAAUACUGCAUUAUCUACACUUACUUCUAUUCUACUUUAGUGUUGUCGUUUCUUCAUAGAUACAACAUUUCAAAUUCCGUUUUCGCGAUGUCCAACCUCUAGAACUGCUUGUCAUGGGAGUAAACAUCUAUACUUUGAAACAAGAUUUAGACCAUUGCGAAAACGGAUGGAAAUACAAUACUAGUACGUAACAAUAUGUGUGUCAAAAUAUAUUAUUAAAAUAAAUGUGAUAACAAAUGAGUUUAUUAUAGCAGUAUAAACACAA